AAUUAUUUUUGAAUUAUUUUAAUCUUGGAAUGAUUUAAUUGAUCAAAUUUUCCAUCGGAAAUCGAUCAUUUUAUUUUUGUAAAAACCAGAAUUUAUUCUCUCUAAAUUUGAAUAAAAAAUGCGCAUUUCUCUGCGAAGUUAUCUACGCAGUUUACCACAAUGUCGGAUAAUAAUGAUAAACACUCCUGCCAUACUAUCACGAAUGGUCAAUGUUCGAAUGAUACACAGACAUCACAUAUCGCAGCUCAACAAUAGUCAAAUAUGUAUCCGAUUCUGUUCAACAUCAUCAUCAUCAUCACCACCAUCAUUUCCAUCGCCUUUGGAUAAUGAAACUAAAAGAAAAGACAUUGAUACCUUGGUACAGCCUGGUCAAGAUCAUUCUACACAGUUUUCCGAUGAAUGGGGUGAUAUUGGUGAAGAGAUAACUGGACGAAAAUUGUUGAAAGAAGAAAUUAUACCGUUAUUGAAUAAAUUUCUUCAAAGGCCAACCGUUAGGCAAUUGGCUGCUGAAAAUGGACUUAAACCCAAAUUACUGAUUGAAGCGUUUUCAAGUUAUCGAAAAAAAAUUCUCGACUCUAAAAUUCUUGAUCCCGAAAUCCAUAUUAUAUUGAGUGAUAUCCUACAAGGUAAAGGACACGUUGAUGAUCUAUUCCCAUCGUUCAUCAAGCAUGCCAAAACCAUUUAUCCUCACAUUGAUUGUUUGGAUGAUCUAAAGAAAAUAAGUGACCUUCGUUUGCCACCAAAUUGGUAUCCACAGGCAAGAACAAUGAAUCGAAAAUUUCAUUUUCAUUGUGGUCCGACGAACAGUGGUAAAACCUAUAAUGCUUUGAAUCGAUUUUUAGAAUCUAAAUCUGGUAUCUAUUGUGGUCCGCUCAAAAUGCUCGCCGUCGAAGUUUAUCAAAAAACCAAUAAUGCAGGUGUAGCAUGUGAUUUAAUCACCGGUGAAGAACGUCGAUUCGCCGAUGAAAAUCAGUCACCUUCCGCACACGUAUCUUGUACGGUCGAAAUGUCAUCUUUAAAUCAAAUAUACGAAGUGGCAAUUAUCGAUGAAAUCCAAAUGGUUCGUGAUCCUGAACGUGGUUGGGCUUGGACACGUGCUCUUCUCGGAAUUGCUGCUGAAGAAAUUCAUCUUUGUGGCGAGAAAGCUGCCCUUAAUCUUAUCAUUGAAAUCUUAUCAACCACUGGUGAAAUUGUUCAGAUUCAUGAAUAUAAACGUCUUACUGAAUUAAAGAUUGAAGAUAAUGCUUUGGAAUCGUUGGAAAAUGUGCAACCUGGUGAUUGUAUAGUUUGUUUCAGCAAACGAGACAUUUAUAAUGUUAGCCUUAAGCUUGAAAGAAUGGGUCAUAAUGUGGCUACCAUUUAUGGAACAUUGCCACCAGCAACCAAGUUACUACAGUGCAGUAAAUAUAAUGAUCCAAAUGAUCCAUGCAAUAUACUUGUUGCUACCGAUGCUAUCGGUAUGGGAUUAAAUCUUUCCAUUCGUCGCAUUAUUUUCUAUUCAUUGAUCAAACCAACAUUCAACAGCAAAAAUGAAAAAACAUUGGAUGUUAUUCCGGUUAGUCAGGCAUUACAAAUUGCAGGUAGAGCCGGUCGAUUCAACACUCAAUAUAAUCAUGGCUAUGUGACUGCAUAUAAACCAGAAGACCUACCAAUUCUCAAAGAAGUUCUUGUUUCACCGAUCGAAGAUAUUGAAGCUGCAGGUCUACAUCCCACUUUGGAUCAGAUUGAAAUGUUCUCUUUUCUUUUGCCAAAUGCUAGCCUAACGAAUUUGUUAGACAUUUUUGUCAGUCUGUGUAGAUUGAAUCCUUAUUAUUUUAUGUGUAAUAUCGAAUCGAUCAAAUUUUUGGCCGGAAUUCUCGAACACAUUUCAUUACCAUUGAGAGCUCGCUAUGUAUUCUGCUGUGCACCUGUGGAUAACAAAUCUAAUUUCGUAUGCGCAAUGUUUCUUAAAUAUGCUCGUCAAUAUUCUAAUAAUCAACCAAUGACAGCAAAUUGGUUGUGUCAAACGCUAAAAUUUCCGUUUAAUCGACCAAACAAUAUGACCGAAUUAGAUCAUUUGCUCAGUGUAUAUGAUUGUCUUGAUCUAUAUCUAUGGCUAAGUUAUCGAUUUCCGGAUAUAUUUUUUGAUCAGGAAGCCAUACGUGAAAUACAACGAAAGUUGGAUGAAAUUAUAAUGGACGGUGUUUUAAAUAUAACGAAAUUAUUGCGUGCAUCCAGUGGUGAUCAUCAUCAUAAAGGUCAACGUAUAUAUAACCCACAAGCUAGAUUCAAACAGAUCAAUAUGUUGUUAUCGAAUAAUGACAAUUCAUCGACUUCAAAUAAUAAUAAUAAUUCGCUGAAUUAUAAGAUAUCGUCGAAAAUUCAUCAUUAAAAAUCAAAUACUUCCAUACACUCGUGUUGUAAUUUUUAGUU